AUGCGCCUCGUCUUUGGCCUCUUGGCAAUUGCUGCCUCAACAUGGGCCGCGACCGUCCGGGAGACUUUGCGACUCACCUGGGAAGAUGGCGCACCCAAUGGCCAGUCCAGGAAGAUGAUCUUUACGAACGGCCACUUUCCCGCGCCACCGCUUAUACUCACCGAGGAUGACAAUGCAGAAAUAACUGUGAUCAAUGAUAUGCCACGAAAUGUCACCAUUCACUGGCACGGACUUGCCCAGCCUGGCACUCCCUGGUCCGACGGAGUUCCCGGAUUGUCACAAAAGCCAAUACUGCCCGGGCAAGCGUUCGUCUACCGGUUCAAGGCGACGCCAGUGGGAACCCAUUGGUAUCAUUCGCAUGAGCGCAUGUCCCUUACGGAUGGACUCUACGGUGCCAUUUGGAUAAAGCCAAAGAAAGAUCCGACCGAGCUCUGGGCCCAGAUCAGCGAUGAUCCCGAGGACAUCAAGGCAAUGGGCAAAGCUGCAGCUAACCCGGAGCUGAUCGUUGUGUCAGAUUGGUCUAGAUACACGUCCGAGGAGUAUUGGAAGGCGAAUGAGGAAUCGGGGCUCCAAAUAUUCUGCCUGGACAGCAUUUUGAUCAACGGCGUUGGCGAGCUAUACUGCCCACCGAUGGAGUUGCUCAUCAACCAAACGCAGCCUGACAUUGCUAGAAUAGCAUUUCCCGAUACUCACGUGUCCGACAAAGGAUGUUUCCCUUUCCGCACACCAAUCCAAGGCGGGCCUUGGAACUACACAGCACGACCAGAGCUCAUUCCUCCACAUAUGGUUGAUGGCUGUGUUCCUUCCACGGGCCGCAAUGCCUCGUUCAUGGUCGACCCGGCCAACCGCUGGGUCAGCUUCAACUUCAUAUCCGCUGCAACGGUCGCACAAUUCGUGUUCGCGGUCGAUGGCCACGACUUUUGGAUAUACGAAAUCGAUGGCAAUUAUGUUACCCCGCGAAAGUUUGUCACUGCAACCAUGUCUGCGGGCGAGACCUACUCGGUCAUGAUGCGGCUGGACAAGCCACCAGGCGUGUACAAGAUGCGCGUCCCAGACUCUGGAGCAACACAAGUCAUCUCCGCGUUUGCGGACGUUGUGUACAAAGGCGGGGAAGGCAUACUGAGGCUGGAGGCACCGCAAUACGUGACGUAUGGCGGCUUGUUUCCGUCUCUGGAAGUCAAAAACAACAGUUUCACGCCGUACGAGUUCGAGGGCGACCACAUGGCCCCUUGGCCCUCAAGCCUACGCCCACGGCCCGGUCCUGCGGAUGAGGAAUUUCUUCUCAUCAUGGGACGCAUCCAGACUUCGACAAACUAUACGAUGAAUACGAAAUACAUGUAUCCUGUCAAUUUCCAGGCCGACCGCCCACUUCUCUUCUACCCAAACGCAACGAUAGGUACACCCGACGAGAACCUUGUCAUUCGCACGAAGAAUGGGUCGUGGGUCGACAUCAUCCUUCAGAUAUCCACUCUGCCUGGUGACCUGGCCGCCUUUGAGCACUUCAUGCAUAAACACGGGAGCAAGACAUGGCGCGUGGGCUUCGGUCAAGGCAACUGGAACUACAGCAGCGUUGCGGAGGCCAUCGCCGAACGGCCGCAUGACUUUAACUUCGAAAACCCAGGCUACAGAGACAGCUGGCUAACGCAGUUCUCGCCUGUUCCCGAGGGCGGCUAUUGGAGCGUAUUUCGCUAUCUGUCGGACAAUCCUGGCCCGUGGAUGUUUCACUGCCAUAUUGAGCUACAUCUCAUGGGCGGCAUGUCUAUUGCUAUCUUAGACGGGGUCGAUGUUUGGCCAAAGGUGCCACCGGAGUACAGUUACCAAAUAGGCGGUGGCGGCUGCAAGAAUUGA